AUGCUUCAGCUUAAGCAUCAAGUUCUUGACCACAUACCCAAGAAUGGCUUCCGGGCUAUCCUGGGCCUUGAUCUUACAAAGACCUUCGACAACGUAGCGCAUCAGGCUAUACUAGAGAAUCUGCUGUACCUAGAUGUGGGCCAGAGUAUAUACAACUACAUCAAAGAUUUCCUCAACCACCGAACAGCGGAACUAAGAAUAGGAGAACUGCAAUCGGACAAGAUCCCUCUCGGAGGUCGUGGCACACCGCAGGAAUCAGUCUUAUCCCCCUUCCUCUUUAAUUUAGCGACGAUCCGAUUACCGGAACAACUUAAUCAGAUUCCAGAUCUACACCACAGUCCGUAUGCCGACGACAUCACCCUGUGGAUGGUUAAACGUAGCGAUGGAGAUAUAGAAACCACGCUGCAACAAGCUGUAGACACGGUGGAAAAGUACGUUACCGACAAAGGCCUCGCCUGCUCCCGGAACAAUCAGAACUCUUCCUACUCAGAGCGCCUACAAACCGCAAGUCCGACACUGCGCCACCCCCAGAAAUCACUGUGCGAGCCGGAGGAGGCGUGA